AGGUAAUCCACAGGUGGGUUCAUCACAUACCUCUCUCUCUGUUCACAUAAAGAAGCACAAUGACACUACAUGAGGUUGUUUCUCCUCAGCAGCAGAACAGGAAGUCGAAGGCACCAACGUUACAAAUGGAAACACGUUGUUAUGAGGCUGAGCUGCUGCUUCAUGAGCACAACUAUUCAAAGAGGCUCCUGACUGUGAAGGAGCAGCUGCAGGUCACGGAAAAGGAGCUGAAGCGUCAAGUACUGAAAUGUGAGCAGUUCUUCCUGCAGCGCAUCCAGUGUGAGCCGGAGAUGAUCCUGUUUUACACCGGCUUUAAAGACUACAACACACUCAAAGCGUUCUACUUGGCUCUGCAGCCGACACCAGAGACUCUUGGGAGUUGCAGUCACAUGCUGCAGCUGAAUAACACUGACGACGACACAGUGAACGCUGGCUUCCAUACAGCCCGCCUGUGUUUGUUUGAUCAGCUGUUCCUGUUCCUUUGCUUUGUGAGGCGGGGGUUUCUUCCUAUUGAUGUGUCUACACAGCUCCUCGUGUCGGAGGAAGUUGUGCAGAUGACCUGGAUAACAUGGUGCCACUACCUGUUCUUUAUGCUGGGGCCGCUGCCGAUAUGGCUGAGUAGACGGAGUGUAAACGAGCUGAUGCCGCCAUUCUUCAGAACGACUUUCGCCAAAACUCGAGUGGUGCUACACUUGACUGAGAUCCAAGUCCAGCUGCCAACGUCCACAGUGAACUCGUCCCAUCAUAAAGGCUCCACAACACUCAAGUCUUUGAUUGGCAUCACGCCGUCUGGCUCCAUCAGCUUCGUCAGCAGCUUCUACACAGCCGCCGUCUCGGAUCAGGACGCCGUCAGGGAGUCGGGCAUUUUAAACAUCCUGGAGCCGGGUGACGUAGUGAUGACAGACAAGAGCUUAGAGAUCGAAGACCUCGAUGUGAUCGGUGUAGACCUCGUCAGCCUGAACUUCUCGGGGGCAAACAAACUCUUAAAUGAAGACAACGUAUCCCAAACAGACUUUGACCACUUGAAGAUCCACAUGGAGAGGGCGAUCAGUCGAAUCAAAGAGUACCACAUAUUUGAUGACGUUGUUCCCUCUGUGCUUCAUAGUUCAGUCAACCAGCUGUGGACGGUCUGCGCUCUGCUCACAAACUUUCAAGGACCUCUGAGUUAGUGCUGUGCACAGCUGCACAGGUAACUCAGACAGAUAAACUCAGGUCGAUCGAAACCCUGCUGUUUUUGAGAGGUGUUGAUUCAACUUCAGAGCUGCAACGAUUAGUCGAUCGCCAGUCGUUUUAAUGAUCAAUUGAAAUAAAGUGAGAAAUGCUAAACAUUCUCAGGUUCCAGCUUCUCAAAUGUUUCGCUGCUUUCGUCUGUUUCAUGUCAUAGGAAGUAGUUUUGGACUGUUGGUCAGACAUGAAGACAUUCUCAGCUCAGGGAAACUGCGAUUGUGUUACAACAGAGUUUAAAAUAAAGUGUUUAAAAUACAGUUGUAAAAAUAUAAACUGUGUUUUCAUAUGAACAGUUAUACUUGUUGAUAAACUUUACUUAACAGUCA